UUAAAAACCAAACCAAAUCAACCAAAAAACCCAUCAAAAUGUUCAAAUUGUUCGCUGUCUGCUUGUUCGCCCUCUUGGCCUGUGCCAUGUCUAAACCACUUGUUGCCUAUUCAGCUUACUCUGCUCCCCUGGUUGCCUCUCCCUAUACUGCUGCCUACACUGCACCUUAUGCUGCUGCUGCCUACACCGCUCCCUAUGCUGCCUACAGUGCCUAUCCCUAUGCCUCAGCUUACUCCGCUUAUCCUUAUGCCACCGCUUUCAUUCGUUAAACGGAAUUUAUGGUAAAUUUUUUUUCUAUGAAAAAAAAAAUCAAUGGAUUACGAUGCAGGCCUCAGGAUUCAGGAACUUUUCAACAACAAAAUUUUAGAACAAAAUUUCGUCGUCUUUACAACU